AUGUUAUAAAUUUCUAACGUUUCUAAUACACAAUUUUAUAGUCCUUAAUCUUCAAUUCAUUCAGAUUAAUUCAAAAGUAUUCAAGAAUAAAAUACUACUCCAUUUGAUGAAAAAAGUAUCACUCCAAAAAGCCAUAAAAAUUCAAAUAUUUAAAAAUUUUUAUUGGACAAUCUAAACGAUUUUAAAGUUUAAGUUCCUAUUAAUAACACUUAAUAUUUUGAAUAUUCCAAACAACCUUAAUAAUAAUAAGAAACUCCUUAAUCAAAAACUUAAGAUUUUGGAUUUGAUGACUUCCCUUAAUAUGAAGAUAAUUAAAUGAAUAAUAGUGAAGCAGUUGGUUAAGAUUCAUAUUAAGAAAUGCAAAAACAUUUAGAUUAAAGAAUGUAUGUAAAGAACUUUUCAAAUAUUUCAGAAUUUAUUUAAGAUAUUUAAAAAAUUAAUGAAACUGAAAAAAAUAAUUAACUUUCCUCUGAAUAAUUAUCAUUAAAUCAAUUAGAAAAAAAAGUUUUAUUGAAAGCACCAGAAAUCCAAACUUAAAAUUUAAGUGAUCCCUAUUUAAUUGAAAUAUCUACUUAACCAUAAAUAAUAGAAAAUAAACACUUCCCUUUUCAUGAUUCUCAUCAAAUUUAAACUGAAGAAAAUUAAAAUAAUUUCAAAUAAAUAUUUCCUUAAUCAUAAAACAGUCCUCAAUUUGUAACUGUAAAUAAUAUUUCCAAUAAAACUCAACAACCAUAAUAAAUAGAAAAUAAUCAGCAUUUUAAGUUCUAUGAAAAUUAUUCAGUUUCCUAAAAAUCUUUAAAUGAUUUACUCCCUGAAUCUAAUGUUUCAUAAGAAAUUAGAAAUUCAACUAUAUCUCAACCUUAACUAAUUUAAUAGUAAUAGUUUAAUACUAAUUAUUCUCCAAUUUAAUCUUUAGAUUUCAUUUAAAAAAGUUAAUAAUUAAAUCUUAGUUCUGAUUCAGAAAAAAAAUCCUUAUCAAAUAAAAAUAUGAAUAAUUGUAAAGUUUAAAUCCAAAAUGAUAAUUCUGAAUUUUCUUUGGAAGAUUUUCCUACUAAAAAAAAACCAAUAAACUAUUUUAUUAAAGAUAAUAAUAUUAAAAUUCCAAAUUUGUUAUCUGAACAACAAAAAGUUUUAAAUCAAAAUCCUUAAGAUUUAGUUUCUUAGCCUAAUUCACAAUAAUUAAACUAAUAAUUCGAAUAAAUAAAUCAAUAGUAGCAAUUUAAUUAAUAAUAAUAAACAAAUUAGGGUUUCCAACCUAAUUAAAGAGAUGAGGGUGUUAAUUAAAAUAUAGAACAUAUUAAUUAAAAAAUGAGUCUCAAUUCUUUAGAAUCUUUGGUUUACUCAUAAAAAGAAGAAGAUGCAAAUAUUUUAAGUGAGGAAGAAUACUUUUACGAUAUAGAUAAUAAUGAAUGGAAUAAAAGUAAAGAUAUUCAAUAAGUUAUAAAUAGAGUAUCUCAAAACUUUAGUUAAUAUAAGUAGUAAAACAAAGAAAAUUAAUAAUAUAUUAAUUAAAAAAAAUAAUAAUAAUAUAUCUAAUGUUAAUAAAAUAAAUUGGUUGAAUAAUAAUAAAAACUUAAUAUAACUCCAAGAAAUCAUGAAAAAAAUAAAGCUUCAGUUUCAAAUGAAAAUUCAUAGGAAAAUAUAAAUCCUAAUUAAUCUCCUUCAUUUUUUUCAAUUAUUUCUUCAAAUUCUGUUAGUGAAAAAAAGAAAAAUAAUCCUUUUGUUCUUGAAGAUACAGAAAUUGUUGAAGAUCCAAAUUGGGAUAAAAUUUUACCUUAAUUUGAUUAUUAAUUUGAAGUAAAAAAUGAAUUGAAAAAAACUUUGGAACCAAUAUUAGAAAUGCAAGAAGAAUCAAAUACUUAAAGUUAUAGUUAUACAGUCUAAAAUAGAAAUUCAAUAUUAUUUUAAGAUAAUACAAUUUCAGAGUUUUAAGAGAAAUCAACAGAUGAAUCGAAAAUCAUCCAAUCUUCAAUAAAAGUACAAUCUCAAGAAAUUACAUAAGAUUAAAAAGAAAUUGCUAUUAAAGAUAGUAAUAAAUAACCUAUAAAUACUUAAUAAUUAAUAGAUUUAUUAAUUCCAGAUUUAAAUAAAAUUAUUAAAAAAUCAUUCUAAUUAAAUAUUGAAAAUCAAUUAUCCUAGUUGGUAUCAUAAUUUUAACAAAAAUUAUAAGAUGAAGAAUAAAAUAACUUUGAUAUUUACUAAAUAAAAGAAUAAGUAUUAUAGAUGAACAAUUUAGUUUAAGGAUAUGGUAAAAGGCUAGAAUAAAUAACACAUAAGCUAAAUUAAGAUAAAGAGAAUUAAAAGUCUCAAAAAAUUUUAGAUUAAAAUUAAAAUAAAGCUCAUUUUUGCCAAGAUUCCUAAAAAAAUACCUAAUAAAAAUAAAUUUGUUCUCCUUUUGAAUUAAAUUUAGAUGAUAAUUUUGAAGAAUCUCAAAUAUAGAAUGAUUAAUAUUCGAAAUAAUCAGAUUCAAGAUUAUAAAUUGUUUAAUCAAGUUUAUAUAAUAAUAAAACUGUUAAAAAAGGCUUUAAUCAUAGUUUGCAAUAGAUAGAAAAUGAAUAAUAAAAAAUUGAUAGCCAAAUAAAAUUAGACUUAGAAGAUAACUUACCAAAAUAUUUAACAAAUUAUUAGUUUUAAAAUUAAUCUCUGAAAAGACUUUAAGAAUAUGAGAUUUAAAAUUAUAAGAAACAAUGUUUAAGUGAAUAGAUAACUCUUUUAGACACUUAUGAAUUGAUAGUGACAUUAACAUCAGAAAAUUACUAAAUCAACAAUAUUUAAGGAUAUAGAACAAUAGUUUUAUUUAAAAAUAAAGCACAAUAUGAUAUCUAAAAUAUCAUUGUCUAAUAUAAUUCGAAUAAAAGUAUGUAUUUGAUAUAUAAUUUAUUAUAGUUAAUGAUGAAUAUAUAGUAGAGCCUGAGAGAAUUAAUAAAUAAUUUUUAAGUCCAGGACAGAUAUUUAGAUAGGAGAUAAAAUUUUAAUAUUACGAUAUUUAAAGUGUUUAUUUAAAUUGUUACAUAAAGUAUACAAUUAACAAUUAUAAAACUGGAUAUAAUUUUAAUAAAUUAUCUUAGAGUUAAGGAUUAUAAAGUACUUAAGAAUAUAAAAAUUUAUUUCUAUCUUAAAUGAAUAGCAGAAAUGGGAUUUAAGAGUAAAAAUUAAAUAUUAUAAUUAGAGUUGGACAAUUUAAAAGAAACUUUAAUUUUUGUAUUGCUAGACCAGCUAAUAAAUUUUUUGUUUAUAAUUUUAUAACAAAGGAUGAAAUUAAUGAAUGCAAAAUGACAUGUUAAAGCGAAUAGUUCAAUUCAAGAAAUACUAAUGAAAUGUUAAUAUUUUAUCCAUGGUUGAUAAAGAUAGAUGAUUGUACUAUUGGAGGAAAAAUGUUGAUUCAAUAAAAAAAUCAUAGUCAUGAAUUUAUUAUAAAAGUAGUAGUUAAUAGAAAUUAAAAAGGGAUUAUAUAUAUGAAUGGGAUGGAUAUGGAUUAAAAAUUAAGUUAACAUUUUCUCACAUUCUUUACUUUCCUAUUUAGCAAAUUGUAUUGA